AUGAAUAAGCUACGUGAGAAAUCGAAGUCAAAAUUCCAAGUUCAACAUUCACCCAAAGAAGCCGACAAAAAGAUUGAAGGGGUUUCAACACACCCUAAUCUACCAAAGGUGCCUUCUGAGAUUGCUAUUAGAGUGGGCCAUCGAAUUUCCAGAAUUCUUAAUUGGCGUGUUGUUGUUGUCAAGCCAAAAUUUGAGACCUUCAUGUCUACUAUCUUUAGUGAGUAUCAAUGCUCCAAUAUUAUGCAAUCUCAAGAUGAAAUUGAAUCACUUGUCAUUCCUGAAAGUGAACAUCAUUAUGAAGCUGAUACAUCAACUGCCAAGGUUAAAUUCACAGAACCUCAAGAAGUUCCCAGAUUUGAGGACUUCUCAACAAAACCACCCGCAGAAUUAUUAAAAAGAUCCAGUCAUGUUGCUGAUAUAUCUUCUCCACCUCCUCCCAAAAGAAUGAAGACUACCCCUGGUAAAAAACCCAUUCAAGUAGAAAAAACUAAAAUGGAUAAGGAUGUCAUACCACCAAAUUCAUCAGAAAAGAGUGUUUCUACUUCUAUGGAACCUGUGGCAAAGUCAGGGGUAUGCGGUGAAUCUUCCGGUCAUUCGAAUCAAAUUAUUCAUGUGGAAUUUAAAGCAUUAAAGAAGUCUAUAAAAAAUUCUCUAAAGAAAUACGUUGACCGGAAGUUCAAGCGAUUAGAGAAAAAAAUUGAUUCAAAUCACACUGAUAUUUUGAAAGCCAUGAACAACAUAGUGCACCACAUGACUGGCACAUCAUUUCCAGCAAAUAAAUCUGAUAUCCCUCCAGCAAAUUUCCAAUAUCAUGUCCAGAAAGAUAUUAAGGUAGAUACAUCACAAGCAGAACCAUCCAACAUGAUACAAGAGGUGGAUGAUGUAUCUGGGCAUAACAGUGUAUCAGAUGCUGUAGAAUAUAUUCAACAGCCUAUUUCAACUGAUACAUUAAAGGAAGCAGAACCAUCAAACAGUAUACAACAGGUAGAUGUUGUAUCUGGGCAUAACACUGUAUCAGAUGCUGCAGAAUAUAUUCAACAACAUGUUUCAACUGAUACAUUAAAGAAAGCAGAACCAUCCAACAUGAUACAACAGGUGGAUGAUGUAUUAGAACACAAUAUUGUAUCAGAAGUUGCAGAAUCUUUUCAACAGCAUGCUUCAACUGAUACAUUGAUGAAUAAUGUCAUGAAAAAUGUGAUAGAGGUUGUUGAUAAGACUGAUCAAUAUGAAGAGCAUGUUCAACAGACUGAUAAAGAAAAAAUCAAACCAACUGCAUCGGAAUCAAAUACUUCAGCUCCGAUUUCACCUAAAACUAUGGAAGUGAUAGAUGCUCUAAUAUACGGACUUCCAUUACCUGCAAAGCCAUUGACUAUUGUUAGUCAUGAACAGGUAGUUCUGGAUGAAUGUCUUCUACGUGAUAUCCAGCUACCUACCACUCUUCCAUCAAAACCUGACGUAUUACCAGAUGAUGCAAAGACACCUCUUCUAAGAACAUAUCGAUGUAAUAUUAUACUAUCUUCGGAAGAAAUCGAAGAUGUAGUUGGGCAAUCAAGGUUGAUACGCGUGUAUGAUUCAUCAACGGGAAGAAGAACUAGCAACCCUUCACCAGAGAUUCAAAAGAUAGAAGCCAAAUCACCCGGAAACAUGCUUGAAUCACAUCAUCCUUUUGCAGUUGAAUACGUUGAAGGCAUUGCGCAACAAGAAAGCGAUAGCUUGGAUUGUGGUAUUUUCCUGGCUAGUUUUUUCGAAUAUCUUAGUGAUGGAAGUUCUACUCCAACUACUAGACUACAAGCCGAAUUCUUCCGUGAAAGAUAUGGCGCACUACUGUGGAAGUAUGGUUGUUGGAAGUCCAAGGAUGGUUAUGUUAGAGAAAACGACGAUCAAAAAAAACCUAAGAGAGAUUUCAUCUCUCCUAGUCAAGGAGAACCGAUGGACGUCGAGUAG